AUGCACGCAGACCCACUCGCUUCUCACAGUACACCGCUAAGAUGCUACCUGGCCUCCUGUGGCCGGCGAGCUGAGCGGCGUGAUGGCGGGGCGUCAUCCGUCAGCAGCGAUAGUUACGCAGGCAGUGCACUUCUGUGCGCCAACCACACGGGGCUCAUUCUCAGCGCGGCAGCGAUUUUUGUCCUCGAAGAGGAACACACUUUCUCCAAACUGCCCCCUCUUUUCUCUUUCCCACUCUUUAUGUCUGGAGCCGGCGUUCUGUCCUUCCCCUCCCCCUUCCUCGCCCGGAAACCAGCGACUGCCAUCAUCAGUAUUGGUGAUGCUGAGCUGUGGGGCCCAGGAAUCCCCUCCAUUAAAAAGGCCUGGGGAUUAUGGGCCAUUUUAGGGGCGGUGACGCUAAUGCUUUUCGUCUCACUGGUUGCACACUUAUCCCAGUGGACCAGUGGCCGGAGCAGGAGCCAUUCAGGGCAGGGACGCUCUGGAGGGUCUGUGGAAGAGGCCCCCCUGUAUGGGAACCUGCAUUAUCUGCAGACAGGACGACUGUCUCAAGAACCAAGGCCAGAGCAGCAGGAUCCAGCCCCUGGGGGCCCCACCAGGGCUGCAGAGGAGGCAAUGUGCUACACCAGCCUGCAGCUGUGGCCUCCUCAAGGUCGAGUCCCCAGCCCUGGGGCCCCCAUCAAGUACUCAGAGGUGGUGCUGGACUCUGAGCCAAAGGCCAAGGUCUCAGACCCUGAGCCGGAACUAUAUGCUUCAGUGUGCGCCCAGACCCGCAGAGCCAGGACCUCCUUCCCGGAUCAGGCCUAUGCCAAUAGCCAGUUGGCCCCCAGCUGA